CAGAGAAAUGCUUUAUCUUUUAGAAAUAGCAGCUUGUUUAAGCCGUGUAUCUAAAAAUGUGGGAGUGCAUCAACGAAGGUAGAAUCAAACAAAUAUUUUAUUGUGAAAAAAUGGGGAGAGGCAAGACAACAGCGACGUUUUCACGGACGUCGUCUUCAACGUUGGAACUCAACCUUACUACACUACCUUCCACGCUCAUACACUGGUGUUGGCAUUUGGCAGCUCAGUUUUUGAAAAAAUGUUUUACGGUGAAACUCCUCAACAGGAAAGUUCCAUCACCAUAACAGACAUUAAACCACAGGCUUUCGAAAAUCUUUUGAAGUAUCUUUAUGCAGAAGAAAUUUCCAUUAGAGAUUUUGAAGUUGCUUUCGAAACUUGUAAAGCUGCAGAAAAAUAUGAUGCUCUGGACCUCAAAAAACAUAUCGAUGAUUUCUUUUGUGCCCGCUACGACUUUUAUUCCGAACAUACGUUUCUGAGUGUGUUCAAAAACGCAGCUGCUUUAAAUUUGCCUAAAACAGUAUCAAAAUAUUUGCUAACUAGAAUUAAAGGAGACAACAGAAGAACAUAUCAAAAUGAAGAACACAAAGGACUACUUGUGCAAGAAUUCAAAAAAUUACAACCCCAGGCAGUGAUGAGAAUUUCAGAUAUGACACUCACUAACAUUCCAGUGCAUGAAAUUUUAGUGUUAUUAACGGAAUGGGGUAUAGCCAACAGAAACAGCAAAACCCCUUUGAAUGAAAUCCUUAAGCCACUCGUUCGAAAGUUAAAUUUUUCGAAAAUUAGUUUGUCUGAAUUUUGUGCUUUUACUGAAAAAUAUCCUGAAGCUUUUACUGCCUCAGAUGCUUUGUCUAUUAUCUGGCACAUUCAAAAACCAGGAUCUCACUCAAAGCCCAAAUGGUGUUCAUAAAAUACUCUCAAUAGAUUCUCUUGGUAACAGUGAAUUUGAAUAACAUAUACGAUAUCGUUCUGUCAGGGCAGUUUUACGUAGCGAUGAGUCACUCUUCUUAAUAACAAUAUUUCCUUUUACUCAAAAGAAACAUAAUUAUACUAUAAACACAUAUUCUUACAGAAGAAGAAGAAUUAUCGGAGCCUACCGGUUUCAGUAACGACAAAUUACAGACGAUAAACUCAAACCGAUAUAGCAUCUUUAGAGUUCCAUCACGUGAUUUAUCUUUUACAAUGUUGCCAAGAAAUUCAAGAGAAAUAUAAAUGGAUAGCGAAUGCUUAAUCGACAGAUUCGGCCAUCUUAUGUGUCACUGACCUCAGGGGCACCUUAUAAUUUGGAGAAAACUAAGUGCGUCUCCUGUAUGGUCUUCUCCUACAUUGAUAAUGAAAGAAAGAACAUUUUGAAAUUUUCCUCUAGGUGGUUUGCUAGUUGUGGCAGGACCUAGGUGGUUACUAAGAUUUGGAAAUACUUUAGUUAUGCAUACUCGAAACCUAAACUCCUCAAAAGCUGGAAAAGUCAUUACUGAUUCGGUAUCUGCAAUUCUAUACAAACAAUGCUUUGAGGAUGCCUAGGAUAUUUACCACACUAUAUUGUAAUUCGAUUUAUUGAUCCAUAACAAAGAAACUGCUGCUCGAUUUUCCGCUCUAGCACCAUAAUCCACAUUUAUAUACAUACAGGUCAUGCGCUUUAAUUUAAAGACGAAAGUUCAGAAUACUGAAUUGUUUCUCCUCUUUUCAAUGUCUUAAAACAUUCAAAAACAAAAUAACUAUUCUCAUUUUCUAAGGAUUCAGGUAAAAGAAAAUUUUAUGCACUAAAAUCUUUUACCGUGAUAAUAAUUUGAUUUAUUACAGUAUUAACAGCUACUGUGCUCCCUGAAAUCACAGCCUAGCAGUGAAUGCAUAAGGUCUUUUUUUGUUGCAUAAACAAUCUUGGGAACUAUAUAAUCUUGGGAUAAUCAAACGCUUUAGCUUUUGAUCCGACAUCUUAUUGAAAGGAAUAUCAGAUGAAGCUUUUCUCAUAGAAGCUCCUGUUUUUGUGCUGUUUUUUACAUUAUUUAAAAUAAUAUCUUUAAAUCAGCAGAAGUUUCUUCCGUAAUUUCAUACUUCUAAAACUAAACACCAUUUUUACUAAAAUUUAAUUAGGCUUGGUCAGACCCUUUCCACUUCAUUCACUCUCUGAUAGUUUAUCUGGUACUAUAUUCUGCAUCAGAGUAAACAUUCACCUAUCUAUUUCCACUUCGUGCUCAAAUAAUCCCAUAGUCCAAACUUAUACUGAUUUGAUUUCGCAUAAAAGCAUUAGUUUCUUUUAGAGCCAGCUGUCUGUUUCCUUGCGUCAUUCCGCAGGCGACACACUGAGCUUGUGUAAGAAUAGGCAAACACUUAAAAGUCACUUCUUUGAUUUGAACGUAUUUAUUCAACACAUUAUUAUUCGCAUUAGCAGAAUUUAUCUGUACUCAAAGGAAGCGUAAUUACAAUAUAUUCUUACAGAAGUAAAAGCCGUUAGCAGAGCCUGCCGCCCUCAAUAAUGCCAGAUUGCAGACUCAUUCCCAAACCAGCUGAUGCAUGUUUCGAAUUCCGUUACGUGAUUUAUCAUUGACAGUGCCACCAGGAAAUUUAAGGGAAAUAUAAAUGGAUAAUUAAUGGUUAACUCCUACAUAUAUUGUUGAUUGAAUGUAAUCCCAAUCACAUUUAUGGAACUAAGCUUUAAAUCAUAACAAUUUGAAAUUUAAACUCGUAAACUUGACAAUUAAUUUCAAGAAUUAUAAAUUCACAUGAAUUGCCGAGUUUCUGAUGAACCACAGAUAGUUCACCGCUUCACGUAGUCAUAUCCCUAGACAGGAUUAGACAUCCGACAUAAAACAACUGCAGGUUACCCACGGACUGAGUCCAACGACACAUUACCGGUUCCAGCAAGGAGGUUCAAAGAGGUUAGAAUAGCCUAUUUUAACUUCCUUGGGUUCCAGUUAACUGCUGAAAUCCCUAAGGGGUUGUCAAAAUCUGUAUAAAGCACGCACACUCCUCUUAUUUCCCAUCAUCCUUCUGCCUACAAGACUGUCAGUCGUGUUGUGCUGUUGAUACUCACAUAAAUUCGGUAAACUCCAUUGUUUGGAGUAAAAACUCCGCUUUGUAUGGAUAUAAAAUAAAGUGAAAUGUAUUUUCUAGACUUUUAAAUGAUUAAAGCUUUAUUUAAAAUCUUG